GGUGGAGAGCGGGGACAGCCCGUCCAAUCCGGACGACGGCAGGUUCUCUCCAAUGAGAGCGGUGGCCAUUGGGCCGCCGCCGCCGGGUUUGGCGCUCUGUUGUCCGGAGCUGAGGACAAGGAGGAGAAGAGGCUGGCGCGCGCGUAGACGGAGAGCGAAGGGAAGCUGGGUGAGCGGGAAGCACCCCGGAGGAAGAGACACGGCCGGACCCGGUGGCGGCGCUGCUGCCGCUGCCGCCACUAGGGAGAGAGGGGUGAGCAAGUUCUGUUCCUUGCAGGGAUAAUCAUGGGUCAGACCGGAAAGAAGUCUGAAAAAGGACCAAUUUGCUGGAGGAAGCGUGUAAAAUCAGAAUAUAUGCGACUUAGGCAGCUCAAGAGAUUCAGACGGGCAGAUGAAGUAAAGGUAACUAAGACACCUAAUCCCAGUAAUAAGAGCAUGUUUAAUUCUAAUCGUCAGAAGAUACAAGAAAGAACAGAAAUAUUAAAUCAAGAAUGGAAACAACGCCGGAUACAACCUGUACACAUCAUGACUUCUGUGAGCUCAUUGCGUGGGACCAGGGAGUGUUCUGUCACUAGUGACUUAGAUUUUCCAAAACAAGUAAUCCCCCUCAAGACUCUGAAUGCUGUUGCCUCAGUGCCUAUAAUGUACUCUUGGUCUCCCCUGCAGCAAAAUUUUAUGGUAGAGGAUGAGACAGUUUUACAUAACAUUCCUUAUAUGGGCGAUGAAGUGCUUGACCAGGAUGGAACAUUUAUUGAAGAACUAAUAAAAAACUACGAUGGAAAGGUACAUGGAGACAGAGAAUGUGGGUUUAUCAAUGAUGAGAUAUUUGUGGAGCUGGUCAAUGCUCUUGGGCAAUAUAGUGAUGAUGAAGAUGACGAUGAUGACGACGACGACGAUGAUGACAAUCUUGAUGGGAGAAAUGAAAAGCAAAAAAAUCGAGAGACCAACAGAAUAGACAAAGAGAGCCAUCCUCCUCGGAAAUUUCCUUCUGACAAGAUAUUUGAAGCCAUUUCCUCAAUGUUUCCAGAUAAGGGUACAGCCGAGGAACUGAAAGAAAAAUACAAAGAACUGACAGAGCAGCAGCUUCCAGGAGCUCUUCCUCCCGAGUGCACCCCAAACAUAGAUGGACCAAAUGCCAAAUCUGUUCAGAGAGAGCAGAGUCUGCACUCCUUUCAUACUCUCUUCUGCAGACGAUGUUUCAAAUAUGAUUGCUUCUUACAUCCAUUCCAUGCAACUCCUAAUACUUACAAACGGAAAAAUACAGAAACUGCAAUAGACAAUAAACCUUGUGGGCCACACUGUUAUCAACAUCUGGAAGGAGCCAAAGAGUUUGCAGCUGCGCUAACUGCUGAGCGAAUAAAAACACCACCAAAGCGCCCAGGGGGCCGUCGAAGGGGGAGGCUCCCAAAUAACACCAGCAGGCCUAGCACUCCGACGAUAAAUGUGUUGGAAUCUAAGGAUACAGACAGUGACAGAGAAGCUGGAACUGAAACGGGAGGUGAAAAUAAUGAUAAGGAAGAGGAAGAGAAGAAAGAUGAGACUUCAAGUUCCUCUGAAGCAAAUUCUAGGUGUCAAACACCAAUCAAGAUGAAGCCAAAUAUUGAGCCUCCUGAGAAUGUUGAGUGGAGUGGUGCAGAAGCUUCAAUGUUUAGAGUUCUCAUUGGUACCUACUAUGACAAUUUCUGUGCAAUUGCCAGAUUAAUUGGGACCAAAACAUGUAGGCAGGUGUAUGAGUUUAGAGUAAAAGAAUCUAGUAUUAUUGCUCCUGCACCUGCUGAAGAUGUUGAUACCCCUCCAAGAAAGAAGAAGAGGAAACACAGGUUGUGGGCUGCUCAUUGCAGAAAGAUACAGCUGAAAAAGGAUGGGUCAUCCAAUCAUGUUUACAACUACCAGCCGUGUGAUCAUCCGCGUCAGCCUUGUGACAGCUCGUGUCCCUGUGUCAUUGCUCAAAAUUUCUGUGAGAAGUUCUGUCAGUGCAGUUCAGAAUGCCAAAACAGGUUUCCUGGGUGCCGUUGCAAAGCACAGUGCAACACUAAGCAGUGUCCGUGCUACUUGGCUGUACGUGAAUGUGAUCCAGACCUCUGCUUGACAUGUGGAGCAGCAGAUCACUGGGACAGCAAAAAUGUGUCUUGCAAGAAUUGCAGCAUUCAACGAGGAUCCAAAAAGCAUUUGCUGCUAGCACCGUCCGAUGUGGCAGGCUGGGGGAUUUUCAUUAAGGAUCCAGUGCAGAAAAACGAAUUCAUCUCUGAAUAUUGUGGGGAGAUCAUUUCUCAGGAUGAAGCAGACAGAAGAGGGAAAGUAUAUGACAAGUACAUGUGCAGCUUUCUGUUCAAUUUGAAUAAUGAUUUUGUGGUUGAUGCAACACGGAAGGGUAACAAAAUACGAUUUGCAAACCAUUCAGUCAAUCCCAACUGCUAUGCAAAAGUCAUGAUGGUUAAUGGAGAUCACAGGAUAGGCAUAUUUGCUAAGAGAGCCAUUCAGACUGGUGAAGAGCUGUUUUUUGAUUAUAGAUACAGUCAGGCUGAUGCCCUCAAGUAUGUAGGCAUUGAAAGAGAAAUGGAAAUACCUUGAUACCAGCUACCUCUUCUAUAAAAUAGCUGCCUUAUCUUCAGGAAUUUCUAGUACUGUGGGCAAAGUUUUUUAAUUGAUGCAAUUUGGAAUGCAGAAUUUGCAGAGUACUGUACCUAUAAUUUAUAGUGACAAUUUUUUUAAAAUAUCAACUUUUUAUUGCUUUCUCACCAGCUACAUGUUUUGUACCAUUGAACUUUCGCAAUAAAGCAGUAUGGGUACAUUUUUCAACCUUGAAUAAAGGAUACUUGAACUUUGAA